UCUCAGUGACGAAAGCAGUAGGAGGGGACAUCCCACAAUGCAACGCGGUCAAACGAAUUUCUUCUUCAUCAACACAUGGCCUCUGCUUGCUAAUAUUUUUCUUUAUAAACCUAACACUAUCUGCGAUUUUAAGAGUGUUUCCAUUUGAAUUAUUCAACCAAAUGAAGGUUAAGGUCCUCUCGAGGAACCCGGAUGAUUACGUCCGGGAGACCAAACUAGAUAUUCAACGUGUCCCCAGAAACUAUGACCCGACCCUGCAUCCGUUUGAGGUGAGCAGAGAGUACACCCGGGCCCUGAAUGCCACCAAGCUCGAGCGGCUCUUCGCCAAGCCUUUCCUGGCCUCUCUGGAUGGACACCGGGACGGGGUGAACUGCAUGGCCAAGCACACCAAGAGCCUCUCCACCCUGCUCUCUGGCUCCUGCGACGGGGAGGUGAAAGUGUGGAAUCUGACCAAACGCGAGUGUGUCCGCACUCUGCAAGCACACGAAGGUUUUGUCCGUGGAAUGGUUGUCCGCUCUUGUGGGACCUCCUUCUUCACGGUUGGCGACGACAAGACGAUCAAGCAAUGGAAAAUGGAGGCGCCCGGCUACGGAGAGGAGGAGGAGCCGCUCAACACAAUCCUGGGCAAGUCGGUCUUCACCGGAAUAGACCACCACCAGAAGGACGCCGUGUUCGCCACAUGUGGUCAGCAGGUGGACAUCUGGGACGAGCAGAGGAGCAGCCCGAUCCGCUCGUUCACGUGGGGCGUCGACAGCUUCAGCGCCGUGCGCUUCAAUCCCGUGGAGACUGAACUCCUCGCCAGCUGCGCUUCUGACAGAAGUAUAGUACUGUACGACAUGCGAGAAUCAGCGCCGCUUAAAAAGGUUAUCAUGACGAUGAGGAGCAACACAUUAUGCUGGAACCCGAUGGAAGCCUAUUAUUUCACAUGUUGCAAUGAGGACUACAACCUCUACACAUACGACAUGAGGUCCCUGCAUCGGCCAGUCACAGUGCACAUGGACCACGUCUCCGCGGCGCUGGAUGUUGACUAUUCUCCAACUGGGAAGGAGUUUGUCUCGGCCAGCUUUGACAAAACCAUCCGCAUAUUUCCCAAGGACAGCGGCCGCAGCCGGGAAGUCUACCACACCAAACGCAUGCAGCACGUUAUCUGCAUUAAGUGGUCGUUGGACAACAAGUUCAUCCUGAGCGGCUCUGAUGAGAUGAAUAUUCGCCUGUGGAAAGCCAACGCGGCGGAGAAACUCGGAGCGCUGGCCCCCCGAGAGAGAGAGGCUGUCAACUACAAUCAGAAGCUGAAGGAGAAGUUCCAGCACCACCCGCAGAUCCGACGCGUCGCUCAUCACAGGCAUCUGCCCAAGAGCCUGUACCACCAGACCAAGGAGCUGAGGGUCAUGAAAGAGGCUCGUCGCAGGAAGGAGAGAAAUGUCCGCAAGCACAGCAAGCCGGGAAGUGUUCCAUUGUUGUCUGAGAAGGAGAAGCAUGUUGUGGCUGUGGUCAAAUAGGCCCCCCCACCACCACCACACGGGCAAUGUUCUGACUGCCUGCACCGAAGACUGAGAAAAGUUUUUUAGUUCUGCAUUGUUGAGACCACAGACUGUAAAUAUAUAUGACAUUAUAUGUUCUGUUCUCCUCGCCGUGGGCUUUUCUUUUGAUCAACUUUGCAUUCUGCAUCAACUAUUUUUGAGAAAUCAAGAACAGUUUUAAUUGGAUCCAGUGUUCACAGGAGGUCAUGUGACUUGGUACAUAGUUGCAACAGAAUGUGUUUCAUUUGUGAUUUUCAUGAAUAAAUUUCCAGACUC